CAACCACAACUUCUUACUAAUUAAACCCUCAAAUCAAAUGGCUGCCACCAAUAGUCAAACAGUCCUCGCUUUCACUCUAACAAUGUUUUUGCUCAUGUUCAUAUCUGGAAGUGUUCUGGUAAUCCGAAUUGAUGCUGAUCCACAACCAUUAUCACCAAAUUCUGCAGCUUCAAGAAUGCCGCCGAGAUUUGACAUGGAGCGACUAGAUUUCCCGAAGCACAAAAUUGCUACGCGUAUUCUUAUGAAGGGAAGCGUACCCUCUUCUAGUCCCAGCCACAAGGGCCACUCUGCUCCCAAUUUCAGAACCAGGCAUCUCUUGAUCAGAAGAAAAGAAACAAGUUCCUCCGAACCAGUUUCUGUCUCGAGCACCAGAUAGUUGCCCAAUUGAUGAUGAUAUUCUUGUUCCAUAAUUUCUAAGGUUCUUACAUGCAUAUCUGCUCUGGAUUUCUGCAAUCAAAUAUAGAACCUUGUAUGGU